CGAGCCACCCGGGAACGCUUUUUUCCUUUUGGAUCUGUGGUUCGCGGUCUGUCCUGUAUCAAAAGACCUCUCCGACAGCCUAUCGGGAUGUGGGCCCUGCAAAGAAGAUGCGCUCAGAAGGCUCAGGAGGACUGAAUUGCAACUGCAGAAGCAACAACAAGUGAACCUUUAAAGAUGCACACGGGACUGUAUAAAGUGAAGAGAGAUACUGAAGAAACCAAUGAAGUAAGAAAAAAGUAUAUUUCCCAGGUUUAAUAGGGAAAACUUGCUUUCUGCAAACAACUGAAAAAGCUGCCUUUGGAAACUCUCUGGCCCUCAUGCAGCAGCUGGAACUUGUACUGUGAGGCCUUGACAGGACAAGCUGUCCCCAAGCCAUCACCCGGAGCGGUUGUCGCCAUGGCCAGCAAGCGGAAAUCCACCACCCCAUGCAUGAUUCCCGUGAAGACCGUGGUGCUGCAGGAAGCCAGUGCAGAGGCCCAGCCCGCCGAGGCUCUGCCCGAAGGACCCCCACCGGACCUGCCCCCAGAAGCGCCUGCCACCAGCAGCGAGGUCGCCCAGGCCUCCAGCAAUACCGACAGCGCUGCGCUGGCCAACGGCCAUCAGAGCACUUUGGAUGGCUAUUUGUAUUCCUGUAAAUACUGUGAUUUCAGAUCCCAGGACAUAGCCCAGUUUGUGGGACACAUGAACUCCAAGCACACAGACUUUAAUAAAGACCCGACCUUUGUAUGCACUGAGUGCAGUUUUCUGGCAAAAACUCCUGAGGGGCUUUCUCUGCACAAUGCCAAGUGCCACUCGGGGGAAGCCAGCUUUCUGUGGAAUGUGGCCAAGCCAGACAAUCAUGUGGUCGUGGAGCAGAGCGUCCCUGAGAGCACCAGCACUCCUGACCCGCUGGGCGAGCCCAGCACUGACGGGACCGAUGGACAAGCCGAAAUCAUCAUCACCAAAACUCCAAUCAUGAAGAUAAUGAAAGGCAAAGCUGAAGCCAAAAAAAUUCAUACGCUCAAGGAAAACGCCCCCAGUCAACCUGUUGGUGAGACCUUACCAAACCCACCAGCUGGGGAAACAGAGGCAAAAGAAGAGGACCACUCCUUUGUCAAUGGGGCGGUUCCAGUCAGCCAGGCACCCACCAACCCCGCCAAGCCUCCCCAUACGACCAAUGGGCCCCUGCUGGGGACAGUGCCAGUUCUGCCAGCUGGUAUAGCACAGUUUCUCUCUCUCCAGCAGCAGCCCCCAGCACAUGCCCAGCACCACACCCACCAGCCACUGCCCACCUCCAAGUCCCUUCCCAAAGUGAUGAUCCCCUUGAGCAGCAUUCCAACAUACAAUGCGGCCAUGGACUCCAACAGCUUCUUGAAGAACUCUUUCCACAAGUUCCCCUACCCAACCAAAGCUGAGCUCUGCUAUUUGACUGUGGUUACCAAGUAUCCAGAAGAACAGCUCAAGAUCUGGUUCACAGCCCAAAGGCUGAAACAAGGGAUCAGUUGGUCCCCCGAAGAGAUCGAGGACGCCCGGAAAAAGAUGUUCAAUACAGUCAUUCAGUCUGUCCCUCAGCCCACAAUCACCGUUCUGAAUACUCCUCUGGUUGCCAAUGCUGGCAACGUCCAGCAUCUCAUCCAGGCUGCCCUCCCAGGUCAUGUUGUGGGACAGCCGGAGGGCACAGCAGGGGGACUUCUGGUCACUCAGCCACUGAUGGCCAAUGGGUUGCAGGCACCGAGUUCAUCUCUCCCUCUAGCAGUAACAUCUAUCCCCAAGCAGCCAACUGUUGCGCCCAUUAACACUGUGUGUUCAAACACGACAUCAGCAGUGAAGGUGGUCAAUGCAGCCCAGUCAUUGCUCACAGCAUGCCCGAGCAUCACUUCCCAAGCCUUCCUUGAUGCCAGCAUCUACAAAAAUAAGAAAUCUCAUGAACAGCUGUCAGCUCUGAAAGGCAGCUUCUGUCGGAACCAGUUCCCGGGACAGAGUGAAGUUGAGCAUCUGACCAAAGUGACCGGCCUAAGUACCAGGGAGGUGAGGAAAUGGUUCAGUGACCGGAGGUACCACUGCCGGAAUCUGAAGGGCUCCCGGGUCAUGAUGCCCGGGGAUCCCAGCUCCAUCAUCAUUGACUCUGUGCCAGAGGUGCCCUUCCCCCCAGUGUCCAAGGCCCCUGAUGUGACCUGCAUCCCAACAGCAGUCACCCUGGCCGCCCACCCUUCUGCCAAACGACAGUCCUGGCACCAGACCCCUGACUUCACACCAACCAAAUACAAGGAGCGAGCCCCUGAGCAACUCCGAGCCCUGGAGAGCAGUUUUGCACAAAACCCCCUUCCUCUCGACGAGGAACUGGACCGCCUGAGGACUGAAACCAAAAUGACCCGAAGAGAGAUCGACAGCUGGUUUUCUGAGAGACGGAAAAAGGUGACCACCGAGGGGACCACCAAGGCCGAUGGGAGUGCCUGUCAGGAGGAGGAGGAGGCCGCUGAGGAUGAGGGGGGAGCAGAGGAGGCGGCCGGUGACCUGAGGGUCCCUGGGGAGAAUGGCUCCCCAGAAGUGCCCAGCAGCCACACCUUGGCUGAACGCAAAGUCAGCCCCAUCAAGAUCAACCUGAAGAACCUGCGGGUCACUGAAGCCAAUGGCAAGAGCGAGCUACCCGGGCUGGGCGCCUGUGACCCUGAAGACGAUGGGUCAAACAAGCUGGCCCUGCAGCCACCUGGCAAGGUGAGCUGCAAAAAGACAGCACAGCAGCGGCACCUGCUGCGCCAGCUCUUUGUGCAGACGCAGUGGCCGAGCACCCAGGACUACGACUCCAUCAUGGCCCAGACAGGCCUGCCACGGCCAGAGGUGGUGCGUUGGUUCGGCGACAGCAGGUACGCUCUGAAGAACGGCCAGCUCAAGUGGUACGAAGACUACAAGCGGGGCAACUUCCCACCAGGGUUACUGGUCAUCACCCCUGGCAACCGGGAGCUGCUGCAAGACUAUUACGUGACACACAAGAUGCUGUAUGAGGAGGACCUGCAGAGCCUCUGCGACAAGACCCAGAUGAGCUCCCAGCAGGUCAAGCAGUGGUUUGCUGAGAAAAUGGGCGAGGAGACCCGGGCAGUGGCAGACACAGGCAGCGAGGACCAGGGCCCUGGUGACCCUGCAGCAGUGCACAAAGGGCUGGGCGAUACCUAUUCAGAGGUGUCUGAAAACAGUGAGUCGUGGGAGCCCAGUGCCCCUGAGGCCAGCUCAGAGCCCUGUGACAUACCGAGUCCCCAGGCUGGUCGUCAGCUGGAAACAGACUGAAUUGAACCGAUUACUGUGAAGGACUGGCCAGUCGGGGAUGCUGCCUGCCACGUGGAAGGGCCCCACCCAACUCUCUGCUGACACAUCCAUUCCCAUACCCGGCCUCUGGGCGCACAGAGCUUCUGGAACCUCACAGACAGCCCAGAUCCCUCCUGUCACCUCCGGCCAGCCAUCACCAAGCAAGAGGGAGAGCAGAGUUUCCGUCAGUUCUUCCACAAUGUAGGACCUGUCCUUUGCCUUUCAGUGGAUAAAGUAGUUCAGAUUUCAUAGUCAUAGACACAGAAUCCAAUUUUUAACACAAGUCCGCCUAUACACAUUUAAUGAAACAUCGGAUUAUAAACACUUAUUAUUACAUAGAAACUUUGUUAGCAAAGCAGUACAUUGUCUUUUGCAUCAUCUCUGAAAAUGUCCUGUGUCUGCUCUCUGGACAUCGCUGGGGCCACAUGUUCCCUCACCUUCCAGGUCAGGCAGGGGUGAUCGCACACUCAGACCACAUCUGGAGCCCGGGCCCCUUUGUGUUCCUCAAGGAAGGCAGCACCUUUGAGGUGCUCUCUGCUACCUUAGGUGGAGACCAGUAGAAUCUCCUGCCGGCUCGCAUGCCUGGCAGGAUAAUCAGUGCAGGACCUGCCGUUACUGCAUUUAAGAAAUGACUGGUUAUGUGAUUACCACUCUCUUAAGCUGUUGUAGUAAUUCUGCUUUGUUCAUGGAAGUUUGAAUCAUGGACCGUUACUUUUUAGUUUCCAGAUCAACUAAAGAAAUAUUUGCUAUUAAGCCUAAUGUACUGACUAUAUGUCCGCAUUAAAAAAAAAAUCUAGACAUGCCUAGAGAGAGAGGAAAUUGAAAACAGAACCAGCAGUGGGGACAAAGCGACAGUGCAUGGCCACCGCCUGUGUUCAGAGCCCUCGACCUCUCUCACUGCACAGCCCCCUGCGCUCUGGGAGGGGAGACCCACACCUGCCCGGGGUGAGAGGACGGAUGGGAUUAUCAGAACUGGGGUGGCCUUUGGCACAAUGACCUGCAUGUGGGGGUUCCUGGCAGAACACCCAGAGUCCUCCUGGCCCCCAUGCCAAGGGCCUGGCUGGUGUGCUGGGCACUCGCCCAGGGGUGCUGGGCAUCACUGCACAGGUCCUUGCAGGGUUUAUGGUGUUAAAGGUCUAUAUUUAUAUCUGCAGACUUGGAAACAAGAUCUCUGUCUACAUUAGCCUAACCAUCGUGUUCUUUUUUAUAUUAUUAUUGAAAAAAAUCACAGGAACAGAUGCCUUUGAAGCAUUGGGAAACUUGCUUACAACGCUGUAUUGAAUGGUAAACUCUGUCUCCCCAGGACUGGCUGCUUUAAGAGCAGCCACUACAGAGUGCGGCAGGCAAAAGAAGGGUCACUGCAGCACUGCUCACCUGGACACCACCUGCUUCCCAAAGCACUGGGACCUCCUGGGCACGCCCUCCUGGUCCAGGCUGGGCAAGCAGCACGAGGAGACCCCGGAGAGAGGGCAGGGGCUUUGGGCAAGAAAUACUGGUGCUGGGUUAGGCAUGGUCCUUCCUCCCCCCCACCCCUCCCCAGGAACUGGACCAGGCAGGCUCUUCACUGGCCUUCCAGGAGAGGGCUUGCCUUGCAAAUCAGAAGUCCUUAGACCUUGUUCUUUGGAAGUGUCUUCUUCUGCCCUCUCUGUCCCAAUAGGUACCACCCCUUAUGUGUUUCAAACAGGUGGCUUGUGAGUAUUUGGCAAGCUUUGCAGCCUAUUGUUUUUUGUACACUUUCCAUUUUGGAGGGUGAAGCUAUUUAGCUCUAAAGCUCUCUUUACAGAAUUGCCAAGAAUGACGAGUUAUUGCCUUCCUUCAGAGAACAGAUGCCUGGAAUUUUUCCUUUAGUGUUUAUGUACAUGCAGGUUAAUUUAUGUAUACACAUAUACAGUAUAAAUACUCAUUUGAUGCUUUGCUCGUGAAAUGGACAUCUGACAUGUACACUUGAGGAACUUGGUGGCACAUGGGUGUUGGGAGAAGUAGCCUGUGUUGGAUGGAAUGCUGGUACAUGGGGUGCAGUGGGCGGCCCAGCACGAAGCCAUCUCCAAGUGUCUGAAACACACCCUGCCGGCAUCACCCCCGGAACGUUGUCACACCGGCCAAAGGGGUGUGUCUGUAGAGAGGAUAUUCUUGGUUAUUUGUAUUCACAUUUCAUUUACAAUCCAAAUAGCAAGACAGAAAAAAUAAAGUACAUAGAUGGACAAGUUCAUGCAAGACAGAGAGAGCAACCCAACCUCAGCACCAACUCACCUUUAAGAGGUGGAAAAAUUGGCAUGUUUUCCUCACAUUGUUGGCCCUGUCCACCCACCAGGGCCACACAAGGAAUAACAAGACUGCCCAGGUUAGGGGCCAGAGUGAGCAGAGCGCCUCCCUCCAGUGCUCUUGGGCCGGAGUGGUUAGUGGGGUGUGGGCCUCACGCUUGAAAGAAUAAAAGAUCAAACAUGAUGGGGAGAGAGACGGGACAUCAAGCAGGUGCCUAAAAGGAUAUUUCAGGUACCCAAGGCUUUGGUGCAGAACCGUAAACAUAGCCAACUGGGCACAGAGAAAUAGCCCAGAAAUCAGGACUAUACCCCAGUGCCGGGGGCACGUGGCCCUGCCACAAGACAGAUCUUGGUGGUUUUGCACACGACUGAAGGGGGAGCUUCUGUGAUGCCGCUACGGCAGAAGGCAGUCUGUGGGCUGCAGAGCUGAAGGUGGGGUGGGGUUAGUCUCUUGAGAGGAAGAGCCUGUUUUGUAAGGUGACUGAUCUUUCCCUGGUCCUCUGCAUGCACUUGGACUCGUCAGAGGCAGUCAAGUAUUUCACUCUUUCUAGUUGCCCAUGUCUUAUCCAUGUUUGGUUUAUUAUAAUUUUUACAGUGAGGUUGUAUAUCCGGUUUUAAGAGGUGAAGCCAGACCAUCACCUGAUACAGGAAAUCUGGAUUUAUGGUACAUAUAGUUUGCAUAUUUUGAUUACUUGUUUGAGUCUUGAGGAGCAUUUGGUUUGGGAGGAGGUUCCUUCUCCAGGAGUCGCGGGUUCCUGAACUAGAAUGCCGAGUGGGGUGGUGGCCAGCACUGGGCUUCGGCAGACUCUGGGGCUUAGGGCUCCUUUCUUGGCCGAGUGACCUGCAGCUGUUGAGGUGGACCAAAGCGCCUCGACCGGAGGCCUCGCACCCUGCUCUUCAGAAACAAAAGGUGGGGGCUCAGCAGAGGGCUGGGUGGUGCCUUAUAGGCUCCCACGUGUACUAAUGGCCGUGGCCCAGCUGGCCAUGGGAGGCUGUCCCCCCAGGGAGUUUCAGUGUGUCCUCCAGGCUGAGAUGUGGCUCGGUCAGUGGUCCUGUGUCUCCUCCUCUGACUCGGACAUCUGUGCCAGGCUGCCUUCCGUGCAGGUGCACUGCCCUUUCUGGUUGGGCCUCGCCUUGCUCUGCACAUCCUCUCCCAUGGCUUCCUGCUUGUGCUGCCCUCUUUGGGCCCUAUUGCCUCGUCUUCCUUUCUCUUCUCGGACCAAAAUUGGGGAUUGGAGCAGCUUGUCAGUUCAGACACCACACCCAAGUGGAUAAAGGCCCUCUGUGGGAGAGGAGAACAAGCCAAGAAGAAAAACUUAAAUAAAACCAAACCUGGAGUUUGGGCUUUUCCUCAAGUAUUCCCCCUUUUCCUUGCUCAGACUUCUCCUGGGGCAGGUUAUCAUUUGACUCACCUUUUGUGUGAAAUUUAAAUCUUUAUGUAUCCCACUGCUUUGCAAGGCUCAGUUGUGUUGGAGAAAAAAAAUCCUCUAGAUAUGCAAGGUCUGCACAGCCAGCAGCCAGCCUGGGCCAGGAGGUGAGUAGGGUUCAGUUCUCCUCACUCCAGCCUGGAGCCCUCCCUCUGCAGGGACCUCUGAUUCGGCUUCCUCCGCUGCCUGUCGCUAGCACAGGCCGCCUAGCCUCCUGCCCAGCCUUGGGGAGCACCUUCCUCAGCAAAGCUCCAGCACCUGAGAAAGGGAGUGUGGAGGCCCAGCCUUCUCUGCAUAGUCCCCUCCCUGAGCGAGGCUUGUCUGAGGUGCCCGCCCUGCUGGCUUCUCUGGCCCAUUUAUGAUGCUGAGCCCUGGGGCACCAGGGCUGAGGAGACUGCGGGCGACCUUGCAAAAAAGUGGUGGGUUUGGAUUUGGGCCGAGUGACUGGAUGCAGGUGGCUCUCGUGGGUGCUGCUUGGCUUGCUCCCCAGCUCAGCUGCAAGUCCAGAGGCUUACAGUUCGAAUUCAUUUCUGCUGGAAUCUAUGUGUCCCCAGUGCCGGUCACACUGGAACCGGGGGCUCACCCCAGUUCUCUCUGGGUUGACCCAGCAUCUGCACGUAGCUGAGAGGAGCACAGACACAGAGCAUUUAGUCCCAGAGAGUCUGCUUCUCUGGUUCUUUAGUCCUGAGCUCACUUGUCAAGACUGGCUGUUCUGUGACCUGCCUGCAAACCUGGCCUCUCCUUUGAGUGGGGCCCUAGUCCUUCAUCAGACUGGAGACAUGACAGUCUGGAUCCCACAGGAACCAAGCAUUCUACCUGCCCCCAAAUCUGGAGCAGGAGUAGAGACCCAAAGUCUGGGAUGGAUGAGGUAGGCCCUGGUUACCAUAUGGACAGGGCAAGCACCUGCAACCUGGAGUUUAAAAAUGAGAUCUUUUAGUUUGCAGGACUGCAAGGAUCCACAAAGAACAUAUAGUUCCUGCCUUGUUGCCGCCCCAAGGCUCACACAGCCCUCAGGACCUGGUCCUUGCUGCUGCUCAGGCCUGAGCCAGGCCCAGCGGAGGGAGGUGAGCACAGGGGCAGGCCCUAGGAUGGGGCUGUGGUCCUCCCCUCUCUCCUGCUGUCCACUAGGGGCGGCUGGUAAGCCGGGCUUCCUGAGAGGGAGUGUUUACCUAUUUUAGUGCCUCUUCCUUCAGGAGAUGGCUCUGGUGGCGUGUGUGCACACGUGAGCACUUGAGUGUGUUAGUAGCUUCUCUUUGCUAAUGCUUUAUAACUCCUUUCCAUGACGAGUGGAGGGUUUAAAAGUACUCAGUGUAGCUGGGGCUGCAGUGAACUCUCUGGGAUGACACAGGCUGUUCAGUCACUGAACAUAAAAAGCUGCAAGUGCUCCGUCUUCCCCACAGGGUACAUGUUAAUCCUGCAAUUUGUGUUUAAAGAGAGAGAAUGUCACUUGCCCCUGGCUCCUGCCCAUACAGCUGUCUCAUUCUUGCAGUUUACGGGAGCCCCAGGUUUCCCAGAGCCAGGAGGGGAGCCUGCCCCCGCCCUGCCCCCAGUAGGGAGCCAGCAGGGUCGGCCCUGCGCAGUGAAGCCGGCCAGUGCCAGGGGAGAGGUGAGCACCUGCGUCAGGAGGGCCAGACUGGGCCAUAGUUUAAAAAGAGAAAAUACGCCAACCUUCCCCUCUCCUGCCAGCCAUUGUUCAUUGAAAGUUCACUGCGCACAGUCUUUGUGGAACUCAGGGAGUUUGCCAAAGGCCUGCAGAUUCCUUCCUCAAGGUCCUGAUUCCAGGUUUUCUACUGUCGGGUAGAUUCUGGACUCUGUACAAACCCUUUGUUCCAGAGGGCUGCUGAGAAGUGAGGAGGGGAUGACUGUUGACCAGUUUGCUUUUGGUUCGCUUCUUGUCUCCCAGAGAUGGCUGAAGAAGUGAUCACCUUGGUGCUAAGAGGCAGCUGCCCUGUUUCUGUUUGUCCGGAGGCAGAUUAAAACGUUACCAAACCAUGUAGGAGGGGUCCCACGGCCUGCGGUGGCCACUGUGAGAGCGCAAACGGAGAGGGGCGCUUUGUCGCUUUGUCCUUUAGGCCUGGGUGGAACGGGAUUCUGCCACAGGGGAAUGUUUUUAACAGAGAUUGUGACUUGCCUUUGGACCAUGGCUGUGCCGAGGCGAGGCUGGCACUGGGCCGUCUCCAGGCUCACAAGGUCCCUGUAGGGAUGCUGCUAUUUCUAAGAUGCAAAUUGCACAUUUCCUAGAUUUUGUAUCUGUGGAUGUGGAUAAGAGAAGGCAACAGGGAAAAACUGCUUGUACAAUUUGAAAUGGGCCGAAAUGGUACUUCAAAUCUUUCAAUUGUUCCUAAAUAAAAAUUUAAAUACA